GCUGUGGGGAGAUUCAGCCAAGAGCCUGAGAGAGAAGGGGUGGUGCGGCUGAGUCACCCGCACCUCUUCAGUCACCUGCGCGCCUUCGGAAGGGGCAGGGCCGACUUUGGGCUGGUCCCGCGGUGGGUGGGCCUUCAUGUGGGCGGGCCUCCUGCAGCCCCGCCCCGGCACCUAACCCUGGGCCCCGGGCCACCCAGGCCUCCCCGCUGCUCGCUGUCCCGGGUCCCUGCCGUGUUCUCCGGCGCGCUCCCAUGGCCGGAAAGUUGCUGUCUCUGCUGCCACCCCUGCUGCUGGCUGCGGUGGGUCUCGCCGGCCUCCUGCUGCUGUGCGUUCCUACCCAAGACGUCCGGGAGCCGCCCGCCCUCAAGUAUGGCAUCGUUCUGGAUGCUGGCUCUUCGCACACAUCCAUGUUUGUCUACAAGUGGCCGGCGGACAAAGAGAACGACACAGGCAUUGUGGGUCAGCACAGCUCUUGUGAUGUUCACGGUGGGGGCAUCUCCAGCUACGCAAAGGACCCUUCUAGGGCGGGCCAGAGUCUGGUCGAGUGUCUUGAACAGGCACUUCGGGAUGUGCCCAAAGACAGACAUGCCAGCACACCGCUCUACCUGGGAGCCACAGCAGGCAUGCGCCUACUCAACCUGACCAGCCCAGAGGCCACAGCCAGGGUGCUUGAGGCCGUGACAGAGACGCUCACACAGUACCCCUUUGACUUCCGUGGUGCUCGAAUCCUCUCGGGACAGGAUGAAGGGGUGUUUGGCUGGGUGACUGCCAAUUACCUGCUGGAGAACUUCAUCAAGUACGGCUGGGUGGGCCGGUGGGUCCGGCCGCGGAAGGGAACUCUGGGGGCCAUGGACCUUGGGGGUGCCUCAACACAGAUCACCUUUGAGACAACCAGCCCAUCUGAAGAUCCAGACAGUGAGGUCCAUCUGCGGCUCUAUGGCCAGCACUACCGUGUCUACACCCACAGCUUCCUCUGCUAUGGCCGAGACCAGGUUCUUCAGAGGCUGCUGGCCAGUGCCCUCCAGACCCACCACUUCCACCCCUGCUGGCCAAGGGGCUACUCCACGCAAGUGCUGCUCCGGGAAGUCUACCAGUCACCAUGCACUGUGGGCCAGCGUCCUCCGACCUUCAAUGGCAGUACCCUUGUCAGAGUCGCGGGGACCAGCAGCCCUGCCCUCUGCCGUGACCUGGUCUCUGGGCUCUUCAACUUCUCCUCCUGCCCCUUUUCCCAGUGCUCCUUCAACGGGGUCUUCCAGCCCCCUGUGACUGGGAACUUCAUAGCCUUUUCUGCUUUCUACUACACGGUGGACUUCCUGAGGACGGUGAUGGAGCUGCCUGUGGGAACCCUGCAGCAGCUGGAGGCAGCCACGGAGAUCGUCUGCAACCAGACCUGGGCUGAGCUCCAGGCUCGAGUGCCAGGGCAGCAGGCCCGCCUGGCUGACUACUGCGCCGGAGCCAUGUUCAUACAACAGCUGCUAAGCCGCGGCUACCGCUUUGAUGAGCGCUCCUUCAGCGGAGUGGUCUUCCAAAAGAAGGCCGCAGACACGGCUGUCGGCUGGGCGCUGGGCUACAUGCUGAAUUUGACCAACCUGAUUCCGGCUGACCUUCCGAGACUACGUAAGGGGACUCACUUCAGCUCCUGGGUCGCUCUCCUCCUGCUCUUCGCCGUCCUGCUCUUGGCGGCGCUGGUCCUGGUCCUGCGUCAGGUGCGCUCCGCCAAGUCCCCCGGCGCCCUCUAGGGGUGCACUGGGAGGUGCUCGCAACCCCCAGGACACCUCUGACAGAGUCAGCCUGGGGAUCGACAUCUACAGUCACCUUGGUAGGCCCCUGCAGGCCUCUCCAGAUCUCAAGUAUUUCUCCCCCCUCUCUCUCCCUGGGGUGUCAGGUCUCAGCCUGUGACUCAGGGUGAGGUCCGUGCAGAGAGGGACCUUUGUUCUGAUCUUCAGGGCCCUGGAACUUCCUGGGCAUAGCCUGGGCCUUUAGAAAGGCAGCCACCAGAGCCUACGGGCUAGGAGUCAGUUCAAUGCCUACUUGUACAAAUUUUGUAAUAAAAGAUUUUUCCUAAA